UCUGUUAAUUAAUGAUAAGAUGUUUCAUAGAGGGCAGAGUAUAUUUUUUCCUGCAGUGCAGCUUUUCCAGCCACAGGUGUUUGACAGCCGGGUUUAGGAGGACGCACAAUGACUGAACGCAACAGUGUCCACCUCAAAAAAGUAGCCCACGGCAACGGAAAUGGCGUGGACAACCAGGCUUUUGAAAUUGAGGAGGACAAUAUUACUGACACUAACAGCUUCACAGAGAAAACAAAAAAGACAAAAAAGGGAUUGGGAUCAUACAUAAGCAAAGUCUCAAUGCCGAUCAAUGCCACAGAGGACUACAUCAAGUCUCACUCACGAACCUUCAAAUAUAUCCUGCUGGGAAUUCUCGGAGCAGGUUAUGUGGCGUACUUCAUCGCCGCCUGUGUGUUGGACUUCCAGAGGGCAAUCGCUCUCAUCGUCCUCACCUCUUUGGCUGUCGUUAUUCAAUCAUAUGAGCUUUUGAAGAAGCACAAGGGGGAGCGCAUCGUCGAGUUUUUCCGGCCUGCGGGCAGAUGCUUUAAGUCAAACCUGAGAUGGAUAAAAUGGCUCUUCAUCUUGGCUGUCAUCGCCCUGCUCGUGGUCUGGCUCGUCUUAGACACAAGCAAACGUCCCGAGCAGCUCAUAUCGUUCGCAGGUGUGUGCGUGUUCAUCCUGCUCGUGUUCACCUUCUCGGCGCACAGGACAGCGGUAUCAUGGAGGCCUGUGUUCUGGGGUCUCGGGCUGGAGUUCGUCAUGGGCCUUUUUAUUAUCAGGACACAACCUGGAUUCCUGGCUUUCGAAUGGCUCGGAAAUCAAGUGAAGAUAUUCCUUGAAUACACCAAAGUGGGGUCUUCGUUUGUUUUUGGAGAUCUGAUCACAAACAUUUUUGCAUUUCAAGCGUUGCCCAUCGUGGUGUUCUUCAGCAGCAUCAUGUCCAUCCUUUACUUUUUGGGGAUAAUGCAGUGGCUCAUAUUGAAGAUCUCAUGGGUAAUGCAGAUAACAUUGGGAACCUCUCCCACAGAGACCUUGAGUGUGGCAGGCAAUAUAUUUGUUGGACAGACAGAAGCGCCACUGCUGAUCCGUCCCUAUCUGAAGGACAUGACCAAAUCUGAGAUCCACGCUGUUAUGGUCGGUGGAUUUGCCACAAUCGCAGGAUCUGUCAUGGGGACGUUCAUGCUGUUUGGAAUUGACCCAGCCUCCUUGAUAUCAGCCUCCGUCAUGGCCGCCCCUUGUGCCUUGGCCAUCUCCAAGCUCUCUUUUCCAGAGACAGAGAAGAGUGCGUUCAAGACAGAUCAGAGUAUUAAGAUCGCCGUUGGAGAUGAGCGGAACAUCCUGGAAGCUGCUAGCAGUGGUGCGUCCGCUUCUAUAAGUCUUGUUGCUAACAUUGCGGCAAACCUGAUCGCCUUCCUCGCCAUCCUGGCAUUUAUCAACGCGGCUCUGAGUUGGUUUGGGGGCAUGGUGGGAUACCCUGAAAUCACAUUCCAGUUAAUGUGCUCGUAUGUGUUCAUGCCUCUGGCCUUCAUGAUGGGGGUCCCUUACGAGGAGAGUUUCACUGUAGCUGAACUCAUCGGCAUCAAGCUCUUCAUAAAUGAGUUUGUGGCUUAUGAGAAAUUAGCCGAGCUGAAGCAAAACAGACUCAACGGGCUUGAUGAAGUUAUUGGAGGGGAAAGGCAAUAUAUAUCCGUCCGAUCGGAAAUAAUCACCACUUACGCUCUUUGUGGGUUCGCCAACUUUAGCUCACUGGGAAUUACGAUUGGCGGCCUAUCCUCCAUAUGUCCACCAAGAAGAAGUGACAUCUCCUCUCUAGUGUUCCGAGCUAUGAUCACCGGGACAGUUGUGUCUCUUGUCAAUGCCUGCAUUGCAGGGAUCCUCUUUGUUCCUGCAACAACGGACUGUGUGGGGCUGUUCCAAGCGUCCGUGUUCAAUGCCACAAAUGUGAAUAGUCGAAACUGCUGCCAAGAUCUCUUUCAAAGCACUGUGAACAACGGGACCAUCUCAUUUGACGGCUUUUGGAGCACAGUAACAAAUGCCACCUUGUACUUCUCUCAGUGCUGUCAGUGUUGUAAUGUUUCUAACUUAGAACUUUGUACCUAGAGAAGAACUACGUACGACAUACCUGUAUGUGUAUUUUUCUAUUACAGAUCGGUGACGCCUGUUUACGCACGUGUUUGUGUCACAGCUAAUGUAAAAAUGUAAAGACUACACGCAAAUCUUAACUGUAUUAUAUUUGAAAAUUAAUUUAGACUUUUUAGGCUUUUAUUUAAAGCAGAGGAUUAAAGGGCCGUUCACCUCAGAGUACCUUAGUUGGAUGAAUGUAAAUAUUUCAAAUUCAUCACUUGAAAAUUAUGGAAUGAUACUUUUUUGCGUGUAAAAUGUUAUAUAUGUAUAAUAAAAAAGUGAAUCCUG